AUGACCUCCAAUUCUACGCAGCUUGCGACGGUUGGGCUCGCCGGGUUUUUCGGAGGCUAUUUGCUUUGCCGAUGGCUAAAACAGACUGAGCCAGUGAAGAGAAGGCCGCUGCCACGGGCCCAGCCACAAGCCCGGGACUCACGUGACUCGCUCACCACCGGUUCCAGCACGGAGUCUUCAACCGAGUCUGGUUCCGAAUCAGCCUCCGAGUCCGACUCUGAGGACGACAUCGAAAUCGACUCGACGCCACUCAACGAGAUUCCGGGCGAAGUCCGGAUGACCUUGGUGGUGCGUCAGGACUUGAAGAUGGGAAAGGGCAAGGCCGCAGCUCAGUGUUCGCAUGCCACGUUGGCCCUCUACAAGAAGAUGGCCACGCCCUCGUCCCAGGCAUACAAUCCGGAGAUGUUGCACAGAUGGGAGUACGGCAACGGGCAGGCAAAGAUCACGUUGCAGGUGCCCAAUAUGGAGGAGAUGGACGUGUUGUUUGCACAGGCAAUAUCGCUAGGUGUCAAUGCAUACACGGUGCACGACGCAGGCAGAACACAAAUUGCGGCUGGAAGUGCCACAGUUCUUGGCUUGGGCCCGGCGCCGAAGGCCGUGCUUGACCAGAUCACAGGCGGCUUGAAGUUGUACUAG